CCCCCGGGAGGGCAGAGCGCGAGCCCAUUUGUAGGGACGCGGCUCCGCAGGGGGCGAGGCUGGUCCAUGUGGGGUUGUGUCAUUGGUUUGCACGGAGAGACCCCGCCUUUGCCCAAAAAAAAGAGCUUUGCGAGCGAGCGAGCGAGCGAGCCCCAGACCCUCACCUCGCUGCAUCUCCGUCGGGAGGGAGGGAAGAAGGCUCCGGCGAGGAGGGGGCGGGAGGCUCCGGAGCGCGCGGGGCCGCUGCGAUCGCCGCUGGGCCGGCUCCGGCCCGAGCUCGGCGUGCCGGCGGCGGCCGCGGGGCGCCGGGAGCCCCGGCAGCCGCGGGAGCGGGAGCAGCCCCGGGGCGAGCGGCGGCUCGGCCUCCUCCAGGACUUUCCUCCGCGCGCGGAGAAGGAGCCAAGUUGGGCUGAGCAUCCUCCGGGGGGUUCAGCGGGAGGCGGCUCAAGGCCAACGGCCCGGCUCUGGCACAGCAGACGAAGCCCACACUGCCCGAGGGACGUGCGGUCCAUGCGAAGCCCGGUCUGGGUGAGUCGGGGUCUCGGGGAAAGCGUCUGGCGCCCAGCAGGGUCUCGCUGCUUGUCCUCAGGUCAGGGACGGCGCUGCCCAACCCAGGGUCCGGGGAAGAUCCCGGGGGUCUGCGGAGCGUGGGACGGGCUGGGGGCUGCUCAGUGCUGAGAGGUGG